UUAUAAAAAGAGUAACGUGUUAAUUAUAUUUAUUGUAAAAAUAAAAAAACAAAUAAAAUGAAAGGGUAUAGAAGUAAUUUAAGACUGUAAGUGACGCACUAUUCACUCACUUUGCAGCGAUGAAUAGAUUUAUCCUUCCUGUCCCUACUUCAUUUCUGACCAAUUUCCAACUCUUUUUUUCCCUCUUUCUUAUCCCUUCUUUCUCCCGUCCUUUACCUAUAAAGACACACUGCAAUCCCCUCCAAAGGAAAAAAAAAAAAAACCCUCAUUUAACACGAUAUCACUGCUCAAUCCAGCCGAGGAACAAAAGAAAGAAGAAGAAGAAUCAAAGUUGAUUAAAUUAUAUAUCAACUCAAUCAUCAUGAGGAACCCAUCUUCUUCUUCGUCAAUUCAUGGCACUACCAAGACGACUACACCAUGUUGCAGCAAAGUUGGAAUAAAGAGAGGGCCAUGGACGCCAGAGGAAGAUGAGCUCUUAUCAAACUACGUCAAGAAAGAAGGCGAAGGCCGGUGGCGUACGCUGCCGAAAAGGGCUGGUUUGCUUCGAUGUGGUAAGAGCUGUCGUCUUCGAUGGAUGAAUUAUCUUCGUCCUUCUGUUAAAAGAGGACGUAUUGCUCCCGAUGAAGAAGAUCUCAUUCUUAGACUUCAUAGAUUGCUUGGUAACAGAUGGUCUUUGAUUGCUGGAAGAAUACCAGGCCGCACGGACAAUGAGAUCAAGAAUUACUGGAAUACCCAUCUCAGUAAGAAGCUGAUUAGCCAAGGUAUUGAUCCAAGAACCCACAAGCCAUUGAACCCUAACCCUAGUUCAUCACAGAUAAACCAAGAUCGAAACCAAAAUAUUUCUGGCUCUAAAUUUGAGGAAACAAGCCAAACCUAUCGAGUUAUAGCCACUAAAGUGAGCGAGAAUUUUAACAUGGUCGCAAACCUGAAUCAUGAUAAUCAGUAUCAAAACAACCCAGUUGUUGAUCAUGAUGGUAUUAUUGAUAACUGGCCUGCUUGUGAUGGACUUGUUAUGGGGUUUCAGGGUGGUGGUCAAGGACAAAGCAAUGCAGAAUACUACAUUGGAAAUCAAAAUCAAAACCAUGAGGAUCCUUUCUCCUCCUUUCUAGAUUCCCUCAUCAAUGAGAAUGAAAAUCUGUUCUUGAAUCAUCAACAUCAACAUAAUCAUUACCAUCACCUUCAACAACAACAACAACAACAACAACAAAUACUACAACAGCAACUACAACAAGGAGAACAACAGAACCCUAAUAUGAUUGCACCUCCAGCUCAACCCAUUGUUUCUUCUCCACAGGCUUUCAUGAAUAGUACCACCAUUUGGGAAACUGAAGUGUUAUCCUCAAUGGCAGCUGCCUUAGGUGAUGAUGAUGUUGCUUUAAAUUAACUACUAGUCAUCCACCACCAGCCUGAUCGAACCUGCAUGCACAUGCACAACUGCAUUAAGAAAAUCAGAUAUAUAGGCUUGAUUAUCGUCGAUCUAAUAUAUGUAUAACUUGGUGGCUUUUGUUGUUUUUAUUUGUAGUCCUUGUGCUUUGUGAUGUGACAAAACUUUAGGUUUCAUGGUUUAAUUAAGUUAGACUUUUGUUUGCAUCGUUGCUUAAAUAGAAGUCUGCAUAAAUUAGUGUCUGGA